UCUUCCGUCUGGGCAUGCGCACUUCAUACUGUAAUGAACCAGAUUGCAAUAUGGCGAACAGACAAUGUCAAUCGGAAUCCAACGACGGUGGUGGCCUUCAGACACUUCAAGGUCGCAAAUCUCUCGAGGAUAAUGAAUUUAGCGAAUCUGGUACAAAGCGAAGAACUCGUUCUGGUAAGAUGCAACAAGAGAGCCGAUUGAAAAAGCAACGUAAGUCCGACGAAGACGAAACCAGUUACAGCAUUCAACAACAUGACGAAGAAGAAGAAGAAGAAGAAGCAGAAGCAGAAGAUGGUGGUGGUGGUGAUAGCAGUGGCGGCGGAGACAACAAAAACUCCGAUCCAUCGACACAAGGAGAUGCUUCGGCAUCCGGCGAACCCGAAUUAACUACGGAAGAGUUGAUUGCACGUGCCAAACGAGAAUAUAAUAAGGAGAGGAAAAUUAUUAUCCGGAAUGUUCCGCCUGUUACAUACGAGGAAGUAAAAGAGUUCAUUGGUGGACAUAGCAUUUCCAACAUUGUAAUCAGCAAGAAAUCUCGUCAUGCUAUUGUUACUCUUAUGAAUGGUGAAGAUGCUGAAGAGAUUGUGGAACAGCUGAGUGGUAAACAACUACUUGACACUGAUGUUACUGUUAGUUUGCACCCUAGUGAUAAAAUGUUGUGUCUUACGAAUCUCCCUGAAGAUUGUUUGGAAAUGGAAGUUCAUAAGUUACUGCUCACAUAUGGACCAAUGGAAAAAUUCUUUCUGAUGCGUUGUGAAGAAACUGGGGAAAGCAAAAAUUAUGCUAUAUUUGAAUAUUGCCACAAUAAGGAAAAGUCCACUUGUAUUAAAGAGGGUUUGAACUGUCAGAAAUACAAGAAUAAUCUUCUGGCAUGUGAUUUCAUUGAGGAAAAUUUGGUGGCUUCUUAUGACAAGUUGAACUCAAAAUGUCUUCUUAUUGAUGGUUUACCAAAAAACUUCAAGGAUACAGCUAAGUUAAAGGAUAUGUUCUCUACAAACCAGGCUCCCAUUUAUUGCCAGAUUGUUAUGAAAGAGAAUGAAUCUCAAGAGUGUGCUAUCGUUGAAUAUGCAACUGCAGAAGCUGCCGAGGCUACAUGGAAAUGCAUGAGAGAUACAGAAGUUGAGACCAAGAAAGUUGCAGUGUCUUUCUGCAUUCCAGGUUCAUCUGCAGUGUCCAUUUAUAACAAGAUUGUUCAGCAGAAGGAGAAGGUGGCCUCCCCAUUUCAAGCUGGAGCAGUAUUGAACAGCAUCAAAUCGGGUUUGUUGCCUGAUCCGGUAUUUCCAAACCCUUCAAUGAUGAGCAACCCUCUAGUCAAAGGCUUGGCUAAUCAGAAUCCAAAAUUGCUUGAGCAAUUUCACCAAGCUCUUCAGCUACUUCAGAAAACCUACAUACAUCAGACCAUCAUGAGAAAUGCCAAACCAGUUACAGGUCUUCUCGGCCCUGGUCCCAAUGUUUCCUUCAAUCCACUGAUGAACUCAAACAUGCAGCUUGGAUUGAUCAUUCUGCUUGCUCUCCAGAUGCAAGGACAAAGACAACAAUUAUUCACUGGACCCCUGGCCAACCAACUCAAUAUGCUCACUUCAGUUGGAGAACAGUCCAACUUUCAAGCUGUCCUCAAAGGACAGAAGCCUUCACUCUUGGGCGACCCUAUGACUGCUCAAGCUAACAUCCUCGUUCAGAAUUUAAUGUCUCAAAUGAACAAAGAACCAUCAUCAGAUGACAAAAAAGCAAGUGCUGCCAAAAGACAAAACCAAGAUGUGAAUCCUCUACCUACUGGUUUCAAUGAAGGAAAUGCCGCUUUGCCAAAACCUGUUAAGGUACCAUUUACUCAGACUCCAGUUUCUGAUGUUCAGAAAAUUCAAAACUUGAACAUCCAACAAUUGAUGGCACUUGGUCAGUUAAUGAGCACAAUGCAGAACAGCAAUAAUCUGCAAGGGUUGGCAGCAAACCUGAAUCAAGGAAGUGACAAGAAUACUUCCCAAACUGGUGCUUUCAUCUCAAACCAACAGCAGAAGAGCAACUGGGGUGGCUCACCAAGCAUGAAUAUUCCAUCACUCGCCAAUGCUAUUGGCAAGCCUGGUCUCCUUCCUAGCCCUAAUCAAAAAGCAGGUAGUUCUCCGGGCUUUGGAAACUUUAAUCAAAACAUGGUAGCAGCUGCUAACUUUAUGCGUAAUUUACAAGUUCUAGCUGCAGCUCAGCAGAUGGCCUCUAACAAGGGCAACACCAACUCCAAUCAGAGAACCACGCCUGUCAGUAAAGACAAGACUGCUAUGAUAGGAGCAGGUUCAUUGCUUGGAAGCCCUCCAGUAGUGAGUAAGUCCAAUUCCAGCAGUUCUUUCUCAGCUGGUAGAUCUGGAUCUCUUAACAGUUCUUACACCUCUGACAAUAGGAGCUACAGUGAUACAACUUCUCAGAGACUGAGCAGGGGUACAUACAGUUAUGAUACAUCCAAGAGAAGCAGCCUGUUGAAUGAACCAGAAGCAAGUCAAUCAAAUCAGUCAUCUGGAAGUUACGUAUACGACAGAAUGUCUUCUGGUUACUCAACGAGCCGUGGAACUUCAAGUUACAAUAGCCAGCCUCGAACUGGACAGUAUAGUUCAAGUUACAACUAUCAGACUGGAAACAAUGUUGGUUCUAGCAGUAGUUUGGUUCCAUCCACUAGCCUUGGUACUGGAACCACCAGUGCCACCACUGAUUACUCCAGCACUAUAUAUAACAACCAAUAUGGAACCACUAGCAAUGACCAAUAUUAUGACAACUAUAGUAAUUACUAUGACAAUCAGACUUACCAUUCUAACUAUUAUGACCAAAAUGAAGGGGAUGACAGUGAUGUUUAUAAUUCUGCUAAAAGCCAGGCAACUACUGACUAUUAUAACAAAGACUUGGCAAACAGCUACACACACUCUGGUUAUUCUGAUAACUAUACUGGAAGCAACGCAACUGCAAGCACUGGUCAAUAUGAAGGGAUAUAUAGUAAUUAUGGGAACAACACUGAUUCCAGCACUGGUUACUGGGGCUCAAGCACUAACACAUAUGGUACAAGUUCCUACAGUAAAGGAGCAUAUACAAAUGAUACUACUAGCCCCAGUUAUCAGUCAUCUUACUCCAACUACACCAGUCCAACACUGAGCAGCACCUAUGGAAGCACUUCAAACUAUGGCACCUCCUCUUAUUCCAGUCAUUAUGGUACUUCCACUAGCACCACUUCUCUGACAUCUCCUAUUGGUCAGAAACGAAGCUAUAGUCAUUUGUUGCCACCACCUGAAGCCAGUCCAGAAGGUGCUUAUGUCGGACAACACUCUCAAGGAAUCGGUGGUCAUUAUGCAGACUCCUAUGGGAAGAGAAAGCGUUAUGACACUAGUGUCACUGCAAAAGGGAGCAGCUACUAUUGACAUUGUUUUUUAACUUACCACAAUUAUUUCAAUGUCUUGACACUUGGGUGUUUUUUGGUUGGUUUUUUUUUUUUUUUAAUUUUUUUUUUUACCCUUCACCAUGUUUGAUCAUCUCUCUCCCUCUCUCUCUCUCUCUCUCUCUCUCUCUCUCUCUCUCUCUCUCUCUCUCUCUCUCACCUGUCAAAGACCACUUGCAAAGCUCAGAUGGAUGAACCAACAGACAGACAAUUCACUCAACUUUUCUCACCAACACUAUAGUUUAAUGUACAUUUUUAACAUUGAUAGAUGUAUCCUGGCUGGAUUAUUUUUAUUGUUGCUAUUAUCAUCAUCAUCAUCAUAAUCAUCAUCCUCAUCAUUAUUAUUGUUGUUGUUGUUGUUGUUAAGGUGAAAAGCAAAAUUGAUGGAGUGACUGGCAAUAUAUAUAUUGCAGUAUUUAGUUACAUCUCAUUACACUUUUAGUUCAACUGCUGCCAAGGUUGACUUUGUCUUUCAUCCUUCCGGGAUUGAUAAAAUAAAGUAUGAGUCAAAUGCUGGAGUUGAUCUAAUUGACUACACCUCUUCCUCAAAAACUUGUGGUCUUCUGCCUGUUAGAAAUUACUUCUAUUUACUACUGAGAUCUUUGGAACUAACGAAAGAAACAGCAUGUACAUUUUGCAAGUUAAAGUUCAUCAUCUUUUCUUUUUUACUUGGCUAAAUGAGUUUUGUGUGUGCAUGUGUGUGUGUGUGUGUGUGUGUGUGUGAGAGAGAGAGGGUAUAUGUUUAAUUUAAUGAUUGUACUAUUGUUUUCAUUAGCACACAACAUAAGAUUUGUUCUCAGUGUUGUCAUUUCUACCCAGUGUGAAAUUAUAAUGAAUUGAUUUUUGUUUUGUUUUUUAAUCUUUAUUUCUGUUUUAAAUUAAAAAGAAAAAAGAAUAUAAAUAUAUAUAAACAAACAACUCUAUGCAGGUGAUUGUGUGAAGAUAAAGUUUUUCUCCACCAAUGCCCUAAAUUUUCUGUUAAGUGAGAAAAAGAAACUAGUCUUAUUUGACAUGUCGUUGAAAUGGUUUAACAAAUAUUCUUAAAUGUUUAUCUAUCUUAUUCAUAUAUAUCAACAUCACUAUCAAAAUAGAUAUAUUUAACAAAUCCUCCUUCACACCCUUUCUAUACAUUAUUUUCACACAGCUGAUGAAAUAAAUUAAUCAGCGCAAAAUUAAUUUGAAUUUUCAUUUGCAGUUAGGUUUUACUGCCGUUUCUUAUCCCUCUUUUCAUUUUGUUGUUUUUUUUUAUUAGGGAGUGGCAGAAAUGAUAUAAUGUCAGAUGAAAUGCCUCCUACUAUUUAGUUUUGUCCCUUUGUGUUUUUAGCUUCAAAUCUUGUUCACUUCAUUUUUCACCAUUCCUCUGUGUGGUUGGGAGAGGAGGUGCCAACAAAAUAAGUGCCAGUCAUAACAAGGGUUGGGGUUCAAUUCAAUAGAAAUUACCUGUAUCUUUUACAAGUUAGUGGCUUUUUUGCCAAUAGGAAAAAUCAAUCGCAUACCUGACUAAAUAUCUUACAUUUUCAAUUCAAGUCCUGAUAGAACCAAUAUUUCAGCUCUUCGGGAUUAAUAAAGUUAACUUUCUCUUACAAAGAUCAUCCUUAUAUCUGAUCAGAGGUUUUUAUUUAUUUGUUUUUAACCUGUGUAGGCUGUUUUAACACAAAGCAAGAUUUGGACAUAUGAAUUUCUCAUCUUCAUAUCUCCUCCUGUUCUGAGGCUUAAUGCAAGUGUAAGAAACAUUUUUGUUGUUGUUAUUAUACUAAGUCUAGUUCUCCACAUUUUAGUAAUGUAAUAUAUAUUAUAAUUAGUUCCUUGCACUAAAUUGUUAAUUUUUAUCCACUCUGCUUUGUCUAUGUCUAUAUAUUUCUUUUCGUGUAUCAGUUCCUUUUAUUUCAGUCCCAGCACUAGAAUGAUUUUUUAAAAAUAGAAACAAAAACAGAAAAGAAUCCAUUUCUCAUUUGAUAAUAGGUAACUGAAUGUCUUUUUCCAAUGUUCCAUUUGGAGAAGAUUCCCUGAAAGAACACACUGAGUCAAAAGAAACUUUCUCUCUUUUACUCCACUUAAAACUUUCAAUUUAGAUUUCUUUCUCUCUCUCAUACACACACACACACACACACACGUUAGCUUCCCUUCCUGUUUACACACACACACACACACACACACACUUCUAUCAACCUAUGUUGGCAGUUGUCACAUUUCUCAUCACUGCAGUGGUUCAACUGAACGUUGAGUCUUUUUUCUAACAUAAGACAAAUUUCUUUUCAGAUAUAUAUUUUUUUCUUUCAACAUUUUCCAUCUCCCUCCCUUUUCUCUAUCAUUUUCCACUUUAAGGUAAAGAAGCAGAAAGAAAAGGACUCUUCUUUAUGAAAUAUUUUAUGGAUUAUUUAUUUUUUUAAGGAUCUCUGGGAGAACUCAAUAAACGAUCCAUUUGAUAAUCAA